AUGGAACGUCACCAGAAUGGUAUGGAUGUGUGGGUAGGACAAGGCAGAGUAAAUCAACUAGGAGGCUUAUUUAUUAACGGUCGUCCACUCCCGAACCACAUCAGACUGAAGAUAGUAGAAAUGGCAGCAGCUGGCGUGAGACCAUGCGUCAUCUCCAGGCAACUCCGUGUCUCUCACGGCUGCGUCUCCAAGAUUCUCAACAGAUACCAGGAGACAGGGUCAAUAAGACCAGGAGUGAUCGGUGGUUCGAAGCCGAGGGUGGCAACACCAGAAGUCGAGGCCAGGAUUGAGGAGCUGAAGCGACAGAAUCCAGGAAUAUUUUCGUGGGAGAUAAGAGAAAAGCUUUUAAAGGAGGGCGUUUCGGAUCCCCCCAGCAUAUCCUCAAUAUCUCGUCUUCUCCGAGGAGGUGCGAGGGACCCAGAUGGGAAGAAGGAUUACAGUAUCGACGGAAUACUUGGAGGAAGAGGUUCUGAUUCUUCGGACAUUGAAUCGGAACCAGGUUUGACCUUGAAACGAAAGCAGCGGAGGUCGAGAACAACAUUUACAGGAGAGCAGCUAGACGCCUUAGAGAGGGCUUUUCAUAGAACUCAGUACCCCGACGUGUACACAAGAGAAGAAUUAGCACUGCAGACGGGCCUGACUGAAGCUAGAAUUCAGGUGUGGUUCUCGAAUCGCCGAGCAAGACUUAGAAAGCACACCGGUUCAAACACACCAACCUUAUCAACAUACUCAUCGUUACCAAUGCCUCAAAUACCAUGUCCAUACCCAGCUAGUGAAAUCCCAUCACUAUCGCAACACCAUCCUCAGCAUCCAGACGCGUGGCACCACCAAAAAUACACCAAUUACAACCAACUGAUGGCUCAGUCACAGCACUUGAAUCAGGCUUUCCAGACAGCCAAUUUUCCGAGCACAUCCGGCUCUACAUUCACUCAUCUCGUAGGAAGUUCUUCUACCGCCCCUCACAGCCAGCUUUUGGAUGCUAGUGUCCCGCGAAACGAUUAUCCAAGGUACCCAAACGCUGAUGUCUACAGUAAACCUAUCAGUUACCUAUCAAAGGACGCGGAAGCGAGUGAAAAAGUAGCGGAAGAAAUUAUAGAGCCAAGAGAGGAACCAUACGUCAAAAGCACAGAAGAUUACAAAGAGUUAGGUGCGGAUUACCCGAAAAUUCCAACGGAUUAUUCCAAGGUAGCUGACCCUUCUUCGUCCAAUUGGAGUCCAUCGCAUAACUCAUUGAAUAUGGGACUUUCUGGCAUUCCAAGUGACUACAAGUACAUGAAUGAUCCGUAUUCAUUUUCCAAUAUUCCCGAUCCUUUAAGUCAGCACACAUAUCAGAAUCCAGCGAACGCAUCUAACAAGUAUUGGAUAUGA